AUGGGAGAUCACGUGUUUUAUUUCAUGCGGGAGUUUAAGUUCCCCUACACCUGCGUCAUUUUCUCCCUAGGUUCCCAAAGUUCUCCCCCAAAAACACCCCAGGGAAGAAACGAGAGGCCGCGCGCAUGGGCCAGCGAGCCUCCUGCGGCCGUGUGCCAGAGGGCCAGCGAGCCUCCUGCGGCCGUGUGCCAGAGGGCCAGCGAGCCUCCUGCGGCCGAGUGCCAGAGGGCCAGCGAGCCUCCUGCGGCCGAGUGCCAGAGGGCCAGCGAGCCUCCUGCGGCCGAGUGCCAGAGGGCCAGCGAGCCUCCUGCGGCCGAGUGCCAGAGGGCCUGCGAGCCUCCUGCGGCCGAGUGCCAGAGGGCUAGCGAGCCUCCUGCGGCCGAGUGCCAGAGGGCCAGCGAGGAGCGCGGUGCCUCUGUGCCGAAGGCUGGCAGCGCCGGUCAGUGUUGGUAA